AAGAAGAUUCCGUCUCCACGUUAAAUCUCAGGCCGUACCACACCCCCACGUUUUCCUCCCUUUCCCCCACUCCAUUCCCCUACUCCCAGCACGAUUGGAUCGCCUUUAAACCAGUCGCAGCUCCAUUCCAGACGCCUUUCUUCUCAGGCCGGGCGGUGAGCUGAUGGCCCAAGUUCGGGAAACUUCCUUGCCUUCCAGCUCUUUGGUCCGUUAGAGUUCAGACGGUAGGGGAGGAGUCUCGCCCGAGGAGGCGGCCGAAAAGGCGGGGGAAAUGGAAAAGGAGGCGGUGGGAGCGGCGAAGGCGUGUUCAGGCCUGAGAGCUCAGGAGGCGAAACUGGAGCCUUUACAAGAGCGUAAACCUCUUUCGGAGAAGUUGACGUGGAGUGACGCCGGCGGCGAUAAGGAGGUGCUCCUUUCAACCCCACCUCGUUGUUACAGUAGUUCCUCGCCCCUUUGCCCGCGCCGCAAGCCCCGCCCUCGGCCCCAGCCCAGGGCCCGUGCCCGAGGCCCUCCUGGGCCCUCGGCCCCACCCCUGCCUCCCGCCCAUUCUUCCCCUCAGGCUCUGACCCGGCCACAGCCCUGGCGCAGAUCUCGGCUUAGAUCCAGGCCCAGGUCUAGACCCCAGAUGCUGCAAAGCUGUUCUCCUGACCUAGGUGGCCCUGGGGAUCGAGGUGGCUUAGGGGACUGGUUGCUGGAAGUGGAGUUUGAUCAGGGUCCUACAGGCUGUUCUCAUGUAGAGAGCUUUAAAGUGGCUAAGAACUGGAGGAAGAACCUGCGGUUGAUCUACCAGCGUUUCGUUUGGAGUGGGACCCCAGAAACUAGGAAACGUAAGGCAAAGUCGUGCUUCUGUCAUGUAUGUAGUACCCAUAUGAACAGACUCCACUCUUGUCUCUCCUGUGUCUUUUUUGGCUGUUUUACUGAAAAACAUAUUCACAAACAUGCAGAAACAAAACAGCAUAAUUUAGCUGUAGACCUCUAUCAUGGGGUUAUAUAUUGCUUUAUGUGUAAGGAUUAUGUAUAUGACAAAGACAUAGAACAGAUUGCCAAAGAAACAAAAGAGAAAAUUUUUAAAUUAUUAACUUCCACCUCAAGAGAUGUUUCUCAACAACAGUGUAUGACAUCAGGUGUUGAAGAGAAACAUUCAACCUGUGACUCAAAGGAACAGGAACCAAAAUUGGUGAAACCCAAGAAAAAGAGGAGAAAGAAGUCGGUCUGUACUGUAGGACUGAGAGGGCUGAUCAAUCUUGGGAACACGUGCUUUAUGAAUUGUAUUGUCCAGGCACUUACCCAUAUUCCUUUAUUGAAAGAUUUCUUUCUCUCUGACAAGCAUAAAUGUGUAAUGACAAGCCCCAGCUUGUGUCUUGUCUGUGAAAUGUCUUCUCUUUUUCAUGCAAUGUACUCUGGGAGCCGAACUCCUCACAUUCCUUAUAAAUUAUUGCAUCUAAUAUGGAUUCAUGCAGAACACUUAGCAGGAUAUAGGCAGCAGGAUGCCCAUGAGUUCCUUAUUGCAAUAUUAGAUGUGCUGCAUAGACACAGCAAAGAUGAUAGUGUUGCACAGGAGGCCAAUAACCCCAACUGCUGCAACUGCAUCAUAGACCAAAUCUUUACAGGUGGCUUGCAGUCAGAUGUCACAUGUCAAGCUUGCCAUAGUGUUUCUACCACAAUAGACCCAUGCUGGGACAUCAGUUUGGACUUGCCUGGCUCUUGUGCCACAUUCAGUUCCCAGAGUCCCGAGGGAGCUGACAGCACAGUGAGUAGGGAUGACCACAUACCAGGUAUUCCCUCACUCACAGAUUGCCUACAGUGGUUUACAAGGCCAGAGUACCUAGGAAGCAGUGCCAAAAUCAAAUGCAGUAAUUGCCAAAGCUAUCAGGAAUCUACCAAACAACUCACAAUGAAGAAAUUACCUAUUGUGGCCUGUUUUCAUCUCAAACGAUUUGAACAUAUAGGUAAACAGAGACGAAAGAUUAAUACUUUUAUCUCUUUUCCCUUGGAGCUGGAUAUGACUCCAUUUUUGGCCUCCACUAAGGAAAGCAGAAUGAAAGAAGGCCAGCCACCAACAGAUUGUACACCCAAUGAGAAUAUGUAUUCCUUGUUUGCAGUGAUUAAUCACCAUGGAACUUUGGAAAGUGGACACUACACCAGCUUUAUCCGGCAACAAAAGGACCAGUGGUUUAGCUGUGAUGAUGCCAUCAUCACCAAGGCUACUAUUGAGGAUGUACUCUGCAGUGAAGGGUAUUUACUGUUCUAUCACAAACAGGGUCUAGAGAAAGAAUAGUCUUACAAGACACUUGCCAGAAAAAGAAAAAAAGAAAUGAAUAUACAAGGAUUCUAAAGUGACACACAAACCUACCUGGAAUGGACAAUGACAAUACCCAUACAACAACAAGCAUCUCUUGAAGUUUGACAAAAACCUACCCUGGCAUGUACAAUGACAACUGCACCUAUAAGACAAGUAGCACCUUGAUAUAAAGAACCUAU